GCACAAAGGGUUAAGCGUUUACAGGAAGUUUAUCCCGAGCUUGCAUAAAGCUUCCUGUGCUCCUGUUGAAAGAAACAUAUUUUGAAACAUUCAUGGCUUGACGGUACAAAAAGAUACAAGAAGUAAACACACAGCAGCCCAAGAUGAACUACGUACCAGGGACGGCCAGCCUCAUUGACGACAUCGACAAGAAGCACCUGGUGCUGCUCCGAGAUGGCAGGACGCUGAUCGGUUACCUCAGAAGCAUUGAUCAGUUUGCCAAUUUAGUUUUUCACCAGACAGUCGAGCGCAUCCACGUGGGGAAAAAGUUUGGUGACAUCCCCAGAGGAAUAUUCAUUGUCAGAGGAGAAAAUGUGGUGCUGCUCGGAGAGAUAGAUGUGGAGAAGCCCUGCGACACGGUGCUGCAGCAGGUCUCCAUCGAAGAGAUUCUGGAGGAGCAGCGGUUGCAGCAGCAAACCAAACAGGAGACGGAGAAAGUCAAAAUGCAGGUCCUGAAAGACAGAGGCCUUUCCAUACCCAAAGCCGAUAAUUUGGACGAGUAUUAACACCGCCUGGUUUCCACGAACCUCUUUCUUGGGUUGUAUGGGACUGAUCACUUUUAUGUUGACAUUGAGAGAACACGAGAGCUUUUCUUUUUUUUUUUUUUUUUUUUUUCUUAAUGGGGCAGAGAGCAGCAUCAUUCUGGGUCUCUCUACUGUAGUGUACUGUAUGAGUUUCAUUUGAAUUAUCUGGCGGGGGAGAUGUGACAGGCGGCUUGUUCUCAGUUUCACAUUUCAUGGUGACAAAGUCGGAAGGAAAAAAACAUGGGUUUAUCUAAGAUCACUAUGUUGGAAAUUUAGCAAUCAUUCUACAGCAGCACUUUGAAUUCUGUAACGUGGUGAAUUUUUAUUUUGUUUGAGUCGGCUAGUGACAAAAAACACUUUCUUUGCUCCAUUAAAGAGUUGAGUUUUUCAUUAUGGAAAGCCUGCUUGGAAGAGUAGUGUCAUCUCAGCAUCUCUCUGUGUUGCUCAUUCUGUUUCUCUCUUUUACUAACUGCAUUAAAGGCACGACUAGCUAAAAAUUGGAGGUAAUAAGUCUGGGCCAACAGCAGCAGGCAUCCUGCAGGUCCAGCGUGAAGGUGCCACGAUUCUGACAUGCAGAUUAUGCUGGAAUGAAACACUGAACAUGAGAUUCAUGCAUCUGUGAGGAAAGGGCAGAUAAACAAGGAUAAAAUGGAGGAAGAUGUCA